UUAUUACUUUUCCGCAUUAGUUUUGUAAAUUAUAGUUUCAACUGGCACCGGGAAGAAAAUCGUAAAUAAAAAUGAGCGAAAAACUAACAACUAGUAUGCUGAGUAUAGGAAUAUUAACAGUUAGUGACAGUUGUUCAGAAAAUAGAGCUGAAGAUAGAAGUGGUACCAAUCUUUGUCGGCUUAUAAGGGAAGAAAAUCUAAUAAAUGGAUCUGUAGCAGUGAGAGAAAUUGUAUCUGAUGAUGCUGAUAAAAUAAAGAACAAACUUAUGGACUGGUCUGAUGUUAAGAAGUUGAAUCUGAUUUUGACAACUGGUGGAACAGGAUUUUCUCAGAGAGAUGUCACUCCUGAGGCAACUAAAGCUAUUCUUGAGAAGGAAGCUAUUGGUAUUACUAUAGCCAUGAUUACACAGUCCUUACAAGUAACAAAACUUGCCAUGCUAUCAAGACUUGUAUGUGGUAGUCGAGGUCAGAGUCUUAUUAUAAAUCUUCCUGGAAGCGUAAAAGGUUCAGAGGAAUGUUUUAGGUUUGCCCUCCCUGGAAUAACACAUGCUGUUGACCUACUGAAAGACAAUUCUUCACAGAUAAAAGAAACACAUACUCAUCUACAAAGUAAAGGUGUUCAUCAGGACACAAAACAGUUGAAGAUAGCCCAUGUAAUUGUGGAGGAAAAGCGGCAUUUGGACAUUGCCAGCAGUGUCUUACAGAAAUACUCAAAACAAUUUCCUAAACCACGGAAGAAAAAGUCAAAACAUCAGAGAAAGUUUAUCGGAGUUAUGGUAAGGCACAGCUUGAAGGAAAAUGAGAGAAUUCAAGCAAAUUUUGAUGACUGCAAUCAUAGAAACAUUGUUGAACAACACAUUGUUGACCAACCCACUGUUGAACAACCCACUGUUGAACAAACUUACCCUGAGGAAGAGCAGAAUAUGAACUCUCAGAUAUAUGAGGCAGUGAAAAUUUCAUCACCUCCAAAAACGAACUUUGAAAGGGAAAAUUCUAUAGAUUUUGUAAACACAGAGUCUUUAGAUCUACCUGAAAUUGAAAAUAUACCUAGCGUUGAAGAAGCUGAAAUACAGUUGAUACAAAAAAUGUAUUGUGAUCAAGUCAAUAAACAAAGUGGAUUUUCAAAUUCUGCUGAUAUUUCAAACCAAAGUGAACAACAUCCACAUUUAGUUUUAAAUGGAUUAGUGAUGGAUAUUAAUAAUUUGAAUCAAACAUCUAAUCAUAUUGAAUCAAAUGAAUCAGUAGUCAGUCAUUUGAAUCAGUUAUCCAAUCAGAUUGUUUUGGAUGAAUCGAUGAUUGUUAGUAAUGUGGUUCAGCCUUCUUCGAACCUGACCAUUUUGAAUGAAUCAGUUAUUGAUGGAAACAAUAUGAAUCAUUUGUCGACCAAUCAAAACAUUUUGAAUGAUUCAAUGAUUAUCCAUGAUGCACAAGGGAUUCCAUCAAUAGAAAUCCAACAGAAGCACUUGUCAUGGAGUAAUGGAAUUGAAAGUAUGGGUAAUUCUGAUAGCAUUUUAUAUAUUGAUGAAAUAUUAGAUGAAAAUGUCAAUAAUAUAGAUGAUAAUGCAGAUGAUAAUGCAGAUGGAAAUAGUAAUGACGAUUUAGUAUGUCAAGAGUCUGUUGGUGUUCAGGCUGAUUUAAGUGAUAGUAAUGAAAUGGUUCAUUAUUCUGAAUCAGAAGAUGAAAACCCUGUUAAAAAAGAUAUUAGUAUUUAUGACAUGGAUUCAGACUCAUUAACAGACAAAAUUACUCUUCCAAAGUCAUACAGGAAAAUGGGAGAAUUUAAAUUGAAGUCUGUUCCGUCAAGACCUUUUAGUUCAUUUAGCACAGCUAAAAAUCAACAGGGUGCAUUUAAAAGGAAUGAACAGCAUGGUAUUAUCAAAACAACUGAACAAGAUGGUGUUUUUAAAAAGCCAUUGAAUAAUACAAAACUAUCAAAACGAAAGGGUUGUGUUGAAACUGUUAAAUGUGAGGUGGGCAAAGGUAUUCAUAAGUUUUUUGCUAAACAUCAUAAAAUAAGAGGGAUUUACUUAAACAAAGGAAAGAGACAUGUUAAAAAGGAUCUUGUUGUUUUAAAAAGGCAGGAUUCAGCUGUAGACCAGGGAAGCUGGAAAAGAGGAAAUUUUAUACAUGAUAGAAAUAGGUUGGACGAUUAUUUUGAGUUGACAGAAGAAGGACAAAGGAAAAGAACAAUGUUAGAUAAAAAGAUGAUACGUGAUGAGUAUGUCGUGAACUGGUACUUAUUUUGUCCUGGUCAUGGAAACUGUAAACGAAACUGUGGUGGUUAUGGCAAAUGCAUCCAAGGCUGUAAAGGUAUGGCACAUAAACAGGAUAGACACAACUGUAGUGUUAUGGUUAAUAUGAAGUUAUAUCUGAGUAAUUUGAAUCACUGGCAGAUUCAGGUCAAAGGUGAUCAUGUAGAAGAUGGAGUGUUGUGGACUUUACCCCCAGGACAAAGAAUAAAUGAAGUGACAAGGGACCAAAUUAUUUCUACGUAUUCUAGUGAGAAGCCAGAAGAUCCAGAGGAAGGGAUAAUCAAAAUUUUGCCAUUUGAUAAUGAGAGGAAAAGAUAUUCUAGAUACAUGGCCAGUAUGAAAAGGAGGCGCAAAAUGAAGACUUACAAUGCAAGAAACGAGUUUGAAAAUUUAGAACAAGAUCAAGCUAAUAGUGAUUCAAUAGAACCCUCAGCCUUACGUGAUAACGCAGAAGUUAAUGUGUCACAUGUAUACACUUAUACUACACAUAAAUUGGCAGAUUCUGUAGGACCAAUAACAGACAUUGUUAGCCCACAAUGUCUUAGCCAGGAGACAAUCAUAUAUGCUGAAACACCGUCAAUCAGCAACAACUAUCAAUAUACUAUAAUAUGAUGUAAUCCCUAUGCACUGGAAAAUCUAGUGGCAAAAUAUUACCUCACCUUCAAACGCUGAAAAAUUUUAUUCAUCAAUGUUUCCCAUUUUCUUUGCAAGGACACUUCUUAUUAUAAAUUCACAACAAAGCAUUCUGGAAAAGAGUAAUGAUGGAAAGAAUGAAAAUAAAAACUGAAUUUCCAAAUAAUCUUAUCAUUAACCUCUCAAUAUAGUAAGGAAUGAAGAUUGCAGGCUAUAGGUUUGUGUAAAAUUGGUUAAAAAUGUUGUUUGUGGAAAAAUUUCUCACAAACAACCCCUAUUUAUUUUCUAUUGGCUAUGAAGAGGGGGACUUUAGAUUUGCACUCUUUCUGUCUGUCUGUCUGUCUGUCAAAAAACAAAUCGUGCAUCUUACACUAGAAUUUAAAUCAUCCAACAUCCAAUGGAUUUAAUGUAAAGAUGUCAUAAACAGUCAGAGAAAACAUAACUUUAUGCAAUGUUCAGAUACAGGUAUUGACAAGUUGUAGAUCAAUGAAUGUUCAGAUGAAUAUAAAAAUAAUAUUUAGUUUGAUUUCAAUUUACUGAUAAAAAAAUCAAUAUAGGUACAACCAAACUUCAAAUAAAAUCUUCAUAUCUAUAGAUGAAUUCAGUAAAGGUUUUAAGUAAUUUGUAGAACAACACCAUCCAAAAAAGGAAGGAAUAUUAACAAUUUUUUAGCCUGUCAAUGCUUCUGCAAUAAGGAUUCAUUCAUUCAAACAAUAGGGAUGGAAAAUAGUACCUUUUGUUUUCAAUUUUAGUGUAGAGUUUUCUUGUGUAAAACUGGAAUAUCUAAAUCUACAGUUAUUACCAUUUUUAUUUUAUUUAUAAAAAGUAAUUUCCUGUGUGAACGUUUUGAUAUUGUACUUGUCUGGCAGGUUUUAUCUGAUCUUUACCUCAUUUUCAUGGUUCAUUGGUCAAUAUUAAAUAUUUGUAUUUUGUUCUGUUUUUUGAGAUUCUAUAAACAAUAGGUCAAGAGGCUCUUUUCAUAUUACCAAUUUUUAUAUCCAGAUUAUAUAAUUUUACAACAGUUUUCUACUCUGUGGUAGGACUUUUUUAUACUCUGUCAAGUAAGAGCUACCAAAAGAAGUAUCCUUAGUAUGAGCAUCAUUUUGUGCUAGGAUAUCAAUGAUAUAAGAUAAGAAGCUAUUCCAAAUUGAUUCCAGGUGUUUUAACAUUAAAAACAUAAGUAACAACUUGCAAUCUGUUUACAUCACACAUAUUUUUAGAAAUAACUUUUGUACAAAAAUUGAUAUUUAUGCUAUUCAAAGUUGUUUCUUUGUGUCAAAAAUAGAUUUAAAGAAAAAUUAAAAGUAAGGGAUAGAUGUCUUCUAAUAAAAGGAUUUCAACUGAUAUAUAGAUGUAAUAAGUUAUUUAAAAUUGAUUGAAGGUGCCAAAAAAUAAAACAAAUGGUAUCAACUUACUUUUUGUUUUUAAAAAUCACAAAUAUUGAGAAAUUCUUUUUAUGAUAGGAUUUCAACCAAAAUAUGAUUUGAAGAAAAAUCUGUUUUUGCCAGGAUUUCAAUGGUAAUUAAUAUCCUUGUACAAUUUGCUUUUCCAAAAUGGUUUUCUUUGUUGCCCACCAUUUAUUAAACUGCACACACAAAAUAUUUCUAAUUCUCAGCACCCUUGCCACCUUCCUAAAAAUCAAAUCCUGGAUUGGUGCCUGUAUAGCCCGAUGUUCUGUUGCAAUUCUUUAUUCAUGAGCAUUAAAGUAACCGACCAUAAACAUGUAAUUUAGUGAUAAGAAUUUAGAUCUUUGUGUGCAGUUUUUCAUUACUUCUUAUUUGUACUAAAUCUGUAUGAAAGAUAAAGACAAUAAUCAUUACUUAAAAACAACUCUAAAUCAAGAAGAUGAGCAAUUUUUCGUAUUUAUAUGGAAGCAUAUUUUCUUUAUUGAUUUACAUGAGGCGAGUUAUCUAGUUAAAAGUACAGCAAUGUAAUCUGAUAAUUAUUUUGUAUAUUCAUAUGUACUUAAAUCAUGCUGUAUUAUCAGACAUGUCUAAUAUUCAAACAAAUUUCAUUAAAUAUCAGAAUUACAUAUGUUAUUGGUUCUAGAAGGUGAUAUGUCAUAUAAUUAAGUUAAUAUUUCUUGUAAUGUUUGAAGUUAUCAUUUCCAAUUAUACUUAAACUUGAUUUGGCUUCAUUCUAUUUCUAUAGUAUCUUACUUCUCUAAUUAACAUUUAAAUUUGAUUCCUUCAAAUAAAGCUUAGUAAAAGCAAUAAAGAAUCAGAGGAGGUGGCUGAUUUACUUUUUGAUACAGUUAAAAGGAGGACUUAUUGUUAUCUUUGUAGACAUUUUGCUAACAUAUUACAAUUAACAGAGUAUAUGUAGACUUUUAGGUAACAUGAGAAUUAACAGACUUUGGAAAACACCAUUUCUUCAUUAAUUACAGAAUAAUGUUUUAUUAUACAUCAAAAGAAUUUAUAUAUAGGAAAUAGAUCCAGGUUUGACAUAUAUAUCCUAUACUAUAAAUAAGGUCGGAGUCUAGUCUUAUUAUUCAAUGUAAUGGUAUAUUUUAAGGUUUAUUGUUUGUGUUACCUGCUGUUGCCUAGCUGGUUACAUGUUUUAAUGUUUUAUCUCUUCAAUAAAUAUGAUGACUGGA